AUGACAAGAGGUCGGCUUUACAUUGAUCUCGGUGGGUGGACUGGAUCACAUACUCCGUCAGAUCCGACGUGGUUUGGGCCCCACACAUGGAUGAUUCGGACAAACAUUCGGGUUUGGUUCCAGUCUGCCUGCUGCGGAGUGCGGCAGCUUCUUUUAUUGUCGAAGCUGCUCAGUGGAGGCUUAUUAGCCAUACUGUCUUCUGCUGCCCCGCAAGUUGGGUGGACGAGUGGAUGGAUGCUGACACAGAAAUCAUAA